AUGCCGUCGCAGCUCGAGGAAGAGGUGGCUCAGCGCCUCGCCACGUCGUUGAGCCUGCCCAACGCCAACGAGCUCAUGGCGCAGCGGGUCAUUGCUCUGUCCAGAUCCCUGCCUACAGACAAGGCGUUCGUCAAUGCUGCACGCGCCUUUGGUCGAUUUGACGAGGCCUUUCUCGUGGGGCUCCGAAGCUUCAUCGCAUCACACGCGGACCAGAGCAGCGGCGCCUCCAACAAUGGCGCUGGCUCGGACGCAUCAGCAUCUUCCACACACACACGGCAACCCGAGAGGGCUGGUCUGGCCACCUUGGGCGGCGAAAAGCAUGUAUUUCGCUCCAACAAGCCGAAGAGCUCCCUUUCGGCCCUUUCGGGCACAGCAGCAAAGCGCGCAGACACCCGAGAUGCGCCAUCCUCCCAUCCAUCCGACGCCAACCACUCUGCGAAACGUCCACGCAUCUCCAGCACGCAGCUCAGCCAUCUCGAUGAGGAGCCAGAAACGCCUGCACCAAAAGCAGCGUCAUCGGAUCCAGUCUUCAAAGCACCUGCAAGGCCCGCCUCCCACGCUCAGGCGCAAGCCCGACCUCGUGGCAGUGAAACGCCCAGCCAUCCAGGUGGUCUCACCGAGACCGCUGCACGCCGACUCGAAGAGCAUCGUCGAAAGCGCGCCAUGGCUGCAGAAUCAUCGGCAAAAGCGAAGCAGGCGGCGUCGAGCUCCACUUCAUCCUCUAGUGCAGCAUCCGCGUCCUCUGCCUCCCGACCCGCCGAUGCAAGGUCCGACCCACGUCAAGCUUACGGACGCAACCAAGACUCUGAACGAUAUCGUCGCGAAAGCGAACGCGACCACCGUAACGGCCGAACACAGCAGCCAGACACGGGUUCCUCAAAUCGCUUCGACCGUCGCACGUGGGACUCGACGCCGCGAAAUUUGCCAAACAGAGACGAUGCCCGCGACCGAUGGUCGCCACGAACGUCCGACACGCCAGGCUCAUCGCGUCGAUCCGACGGCAGUCUCGCUUCGACACGGUCUGCCGGCUCGCGUCGCUGGGACGAGACACCGUCCCGGAACGCACGCUCGCCCUUGCCGUCAAACCUUGACGACAACGCCGAAAGGGAAAGCACGGACUGGGACCAGGACGACCGCCAGCUGGAUCGCGAGUGGUACGACAUGGAAGAGGGCGGCGUAGCAGCAGACGAAGAGCACAAUCCCUUCGCCCAGUACGAAGAUAUGACGGGACAAGUCGCAGCACCACUCGCUGCCAAGAAGGACAAGGUGACUGCGCGUCAGGCACAGUACAACGCCGACUCGGACGCCUGGGAACGCAACCGCCUCCAGACCAGUGGCGUCGGCCCGCGAUCCGCCAUCGACCUCGACAACAUGGACGACGACGCCGAGAGCCGCGUGCACCUGCUCGUCCACGAUCUCAAGCCCCCCUUUUUGGACGGCAAGACCGUCUUCACCAGGCAGCUCGAGCCCAUCAAUCCAGUCAAAGAUGGCCUGUCCGACAUGGCCGUCUUUGCGCGCAAGGGCAGCCGUCUGGUGCGCGAGACACGCGAAAAGGCAGAGCGCGCCAAGGCAGCUGGCAAAGUCGCCGCCAUGGGCGGCACCACCCUCGGCAACAUCCUCGGCGUCAAAGCGGACGACGACCAGGAUGACCCUGCUCCGAACCAGACUGCCCCAACCAACGGUGCUCAAAGUGACAAGGCGGCAACAGCCGAAACGACGGACGAGAACGAGGGCCGGGGCGACUCGCAGUUUGCCAAGCACCUCAAAUCUUCCACGGGUGGCUCCGAGUUCAGCCGUACCAAGACGCUCAAAGAGCAACGCCAGUUCCUGCCUGCGUUUGCAUGUCGCGACGAUCUCAUGCGCAUCAUCCGCGAGAAUCAGGUGAUUGUCGUAGUGGGCGAGACCGGCUCGGGCAAGACGACGCAGCUGGCGCAGUUCCUUCACGAAGACGGCUACACGCAGUACGGCAUGAUCGGAUGCACGCAGCCGCGGCGUGUGGCAGCGAUGAGCGUGGCCAAGCGUGUGAGCGAAGAGAUGGAGUGCAAGCUCGGCGGCACCGUCGGCUACUCGAUCCGCUUCGAGGACUGCACGAGCAGCGAAACCAAGAUCAAGUACAUGACCGACGGCGUGCUGCUGCGCGAGAGCCUCAACGAAGGCGAUCUGGAUCGGUACAGCGCCAUCAUCCUAGACGAGGCGCACGAGCGCUCGCUCAGCACCGACGUGCUCAUGGGUCUCCUGCGCAAGAUCCUUCAGCGUCGACGAGACCUCAAGCUCAUCGUCACCUCGGCCACCAUGAAUGCCGACAAGUUUGCCGCGUUCUAUGGUGGUGCACAGACCUUUACGAUUCCAGGACGAACGUUCCCCGUGGAUGUGCUGUUUAGCAAGACGCCGUGCGAGGACUACGUGGACAGCGCGGUCAAGCAAGCAUUGUCGAUCCACCUCUCGCAUCCCAAGGGCGAUAUCCUGGUGUUCAUGACGGGGCAGGAGGAUAUCGAGGUGACGUGCCAGGUGAUCCAGGAGCGGCUCGAGCAGAUUGACGAUGCGCCGCCUCUGCUGGUGCUGCCGAUCUACUCGCAGAUGCCCGCCGACCUGCAGGCCAAGAUCUUUGAUGCGGCCGAGAACGGCGAGCGCAAGUGCAUCGUUGCCACCAACAUUGCCGAGACCUCGCUCACCGUCGAUGGCAUCAUGUACGUCGUCGAUGCCGGCUACUACAAGCUCAAGGUGUACAAUCCCAAGGUGGGCAUGGACUCGCUGCAGAUCACGCCGAUCUCGCAGGCGAAUGCCAACCAGCGCUCCGGACGAGCGGGUCGCACGGGAAGCGGCACGGCGUAUCGACUGUAUACCGAGAUGGCGUUCCGCAACGAGCUGUUUGCCAACACGAUCCCCGAGAUCCAGCGCACCAACCUGGCCAAUACGGUGCUGAUGCUCAAGGCGCUCGGCGUGAGCAAUCUGCUCGAGUUUGACUUUAUGGAUCCGCCGCCACAGGAGACCAUGCUGACGAGCAUGUACCAGCUGUGGGUGCUGGGUGCGCUCAACAAUGUGGGCGAGCUGACGCCUCUGGGUCGCAAGAUGGGCGAGUUCCCCAUGGAGCCUUCGCUGUCCAAGAUGCUCAUCACGAGUGUCGAGUACGGAUGCUCGGUGGAGAUGCUUACGAUUGUCAGCAUGCUGUCGGUGCCGUCGGGAUUCUACCGACCCAAGGAGCGACAGGAGGAGAGCGAUGCUGCGCGCGAGCGCUUCUUUGUGGCCGAGAGUGACCACCUGACGCUGCUGCAUGUGUACAACCAGUGGCGCAACAACGGCUAUCGCGAUUCGUGGUGCAAUCGUCACUUUCUGCAUCCCAAGACGCUGCGCAAGGCACGCGAGGUGCGCGCACAGCUCGAGGACAUCAUCAAGUCGCAAAAGCUGCGCCUCGUGUCGUGCGAUACCGACUGGGACGGCAUCCGCAAAUGCAUCGCCGCCGGCUAUUUCCACCAAGCUGCGCGAUCGGCAGGCAUUGGAGAGUAUGCAAACUGCCGCACGGGCAUCAAGAUGCAUCUGCAUCCAACAUCGGCUUUGUACGGACUCGGAUAUUCGCCCGAGUAUGUCGUGUACCACCAGGUGGUACUUACGUCCAAGGAGAUGAUGAAUACCGUCACUCAGGUGGAUCCACACUGGCUAGCCGAGCUCGGCGGUGCUUUCUACUCGAUCAAGGAGCGCAAUGCUACCACGGGCGCUGCAAGGGCCAAGCGCACCGGCGACCUCGACAGGCUCGCAAGCAUCGAGGAGCAGAUGCAGAAGGACCGCUCGCAGCAGCUCGAGCACGAAAAGCAGCAGCGUGACCGCAGCCAGCUCAGCCGGGCAGCUCAAACUCCCGCUAUCGCCACCCCUGGCGCCACGCCCAUGCGAUCCCGCGGCAGGCGUUUCUAG